UAAAUUUGCUGCCAAUGCCCAUACGGCGCACAUCUUUGUUGCACCAAGCAAUUUCGAGUACCUCAGCAAUCACCAAAGAGAAGGAGCGUCCGCAGCAGAAAACAGCCAAGCCACCAGCCUUGGCUUUGCCUUUGUUGUCCCUGACGCCACAGAAACAACAACCAGAGCCGCAUCAGGGACAUCAGCCACAGCGCACCGAAGACCAGGAGCACGCUUUUCGACUCGUCGAGGAUGUGCACAACUAUGCCAAGCUGCAGGACUACAGUGAAGACGAUGGGGAAGACCUUCUCGACGACGACGAGGACAAUGACGACGACGACGACGACGAAGAGGAGCAACAGAUGACAGUGCCGAUGAGAGUGCAGCAGGAGGUAACGCGCAUACAACUGGAGGACACCGAAGAGCAUGUGGACGUGGUGACAGUGCCGCAGCAGGAACUGGUCCAGCAAAAACUGCAGUUAGAGCCUACAGCAGUUGGAUCACCCAACAAUGAGACGGGGGACAGAAGGCCAGAGCAUCAUGCCCGGCGACCGAUGAAUGCAUUUCUCAUCUUCUGCAAACGGCAUCGGGCCAUUGUCAAGGAGCGUUACAAGUCCCUGGAGAAUCGAGCCAUUACCAAAAUACUCGGCGACUGGUGGGCAGCACUCGAUGAACAGGAGAAACAUUGCUUUACUGAUUUGGCACAGCAGAACAAAGAUGCGUUUUUCAAUGCCAAUCCAAAUUUUAAGUGGUAUAAAUUGCCAGCUCCCCCCUUGCGCACACUGGCAACACGACCCGGCAAUGCAGCGACCCCUGCAAUCGGCGGCCACCUGACCGACGAGAACCCACAAAACACUCAGCAGCAAGUCCAGCUGCAGUGGGAGCGCAACGAGCUGCAUGCGGCACCGAUGACCGCUUCUCUCUCCGCCGCCAAGUUACUGCGAGGAAACUUUUUCAAGCUGGCCGACGAAACCCAGAUGGGGGAACUGAGCGCUCUGCUGCAAGCACAAGUGCAGGAGAAGGCGUGUGAGCUGCAGCAGGUCCUGAGCGAAACCAGUCAGUUCCUGAGCACCCAUAUGCCUGGUGGCACCAAACGGCCGAUUUCUCAGGACAGCAACUCGAGCAACUCUAGCGAGGAGGAUGUGGGUGGCCUGGGAUCAUCCCCCUGCAAGAAGGCGAAGUCUUCCCGCUCCUGCAAGGGCAAAAUCUACCAGGAGCUAGUAAACUCCGGCCAACUGGCAGCUGUGGCCAAGAAGAGUAAAAGCCGCCUGAAUAGCGGCGGACAAGGAGCCGGUUUCUUUGGAGACGCUGCCGUAGAUGCCGCCAGUCCCCACUCGCAAGCAGUGCGCCAGCAGAUGGACAGCCUGGAGGUAGCCACCAGCACGUCUUGCAAACACCCAAGAAGCGUCUCCGAGUCGAGCAGCAGUGGCGGCGGUGGCUUCGACCUGGAGGAGAAGAUCAAAGAACUGACUGCGCUCAGUCUGGACGCCUACUUGCAGCGCAAGCGCAGCACCAAGAAAAAGAAGAAAUUCACAGCUGGCAAGAAGCAGCGCAAUUCGAACAGCACCAGUGCUGGGGGAGCAGCAUGCGGAGGAGGACCAGCAACAGGUGCAGCUGGCGCAGGGAAAGCAGCGGCAAAUGAGCUUGUCAGGAAGGAGGCCCAGCGGCAGGCAGCCGUUGUGGGCAGUCAGAAGCGCAAGGCUCGCAAGGAGAGCAUCACACGUCGCGACGUAAGCGCCAUUGAGCAGGAGGUGGCGUCUAUUCUACCAUUGACCAUCAACGGGUGCUACUACUUCGACCAGACCGCCUCCCCGGAUGUAGAAGCAAAGGCAGCAAACAACUCGUCCCUGACCCUGUCCACUACCUCCACUUCACUUUCCUCCUCGUCCUCUGCGUCGCCGCCACUCUCCUCGGCCUCCUCGUCGUCGUCUUCAUCGUCGUCGUCCUCGCAGGCAGCUUUCGAUGUGACCUCUACAUCUGAUCUACUCAUUCUGGCCGAAGUAGCCGCCAACCGCACUGAGCUGACCAAGUCCAACUAACAGGGGACUCGGAUGAUGCCGCCUCCGAGCACUAUGCAUCAUGCCACUCCAGCAGAACGAGCACCAGCCCCAGAACCAGAACCAGCACCAGCACCAACACCAGCUGGACGGAGGAAGCAAGGCUAUAUAGCACCUGAACCUGCCCACCUAUCCCGCGCAUUGUUUUUAACCCUUUCCUCCCGCCAGUCAUGAAUAUUAUUGUUUUCCCCCCUCUCUUUCAUGCAUAUGCAUGCGCAUUCGUUUUGCAUAAUGCAAAUCGUUUUAGUAGUGGUGUGGUGGUGGUGGUGCGACAGAGACGAACGCCUCGGCAUGAUGAAGAAACAGACAUUCGCUGAUCUACAAUUUAGUCAAUAAUAUUAUGUAAAAAGAGAGAGCGCAGGCAGAUGUAUGCGUGACAGAAAAAUUGAUAUAUAUAUAUUUUUUUUUUUGUUGUGAUAGGCAACUCAAAUCGUUCAU